UUCACUUCCUCAGCUCAGCAGCAGACCAGCUCCUCCCUCCAUCACCAACUAUGGCCAGCAAACAUGCCCCAAAAGACCUCCCAUCAGAAUCAAACACGUACAAUAACGAUGUACUCCGGAUUGUGAUGGUGGGCAAGACCGGAGCUGGGAAGAGCGCCACAGGAAACACCAUUCUGGGAAAAGAGUUCUUUCCAUCAAAGUUCUCUUUUAAAUCCUUGACUGUAAACUGUUCUAAGGCCAUAGGUGAAGUUGAUGGACAAAUAGUUAAGGUUAUUGACACUCCUGGUCUGUGUGACACCAAGAUUGAUGAAAAGACCACCAGAAAAGAUGUUGGUAAGAGCAUUUCUUAUGCUUCUCCUGGACCCCAUAUCUUCCUGGUCGUCAUCAGACUGGGCAGAUUCACAGAGGAAGAAAAGCAGACAGUGCAGAAGAUUCAGGAAAUCUUUGGAGAGGAAGCGAACAAAUACAGCAUGGUUCUCUUUACCCACGGUGACCUGAUUGGAGACCAACCUAUCGAAGAGUUCUUGAAGGAAAGCGAAGAGCUGCAGGAACUUGUGGACAGAUGUAACGGCCAGUACCACGUCUUCAAUAAUGCCCUGAAGGAUCGUUCUCAGGUCAGAGAGCUGCUCGACAAGAUCAGAAAGAUAACAGAGAAGAACGGAGGAAGCCAUUACACCAAUGACAUGUUCCAGAAGGCAGAGAAGGCCAUAGAAGAGGAAACACAGAGAAUCCUUAACAAGAGAGAAGAAGAAAUAUGCAAACAAGAGGAGGAAUUUAAAAAGAGUUUAGAUAAAAAGUAUGAGGAACAAUUAAAAAAAAUCAAAGAGGAUGGUGAGAGGUCAGCAAGGCAGAUAGAAGCUAGCAAAAGAGAAAUAGAGGAGGAGAGGGGGAGAAUGAGAGAAGAGGAGGAAAGGCUGAGAGCAGCUAGCAAAAGAGAAAUGGAGGAGGAGAAGAUCAGAAUAAGAGAAGAGGAGACAAAGAAAGCCAGGAAGGAAGCUGAGGACAACCCUUGGGUAAUUAAGUUCAUUUCUUCCAUUGCGAAAAAAUUCUCGAAGGCUGUGGAAGCUGUGGCAGAAGUUGUGAACGCUGUGGCAGAAGGUGUGAAAUUGUUUGCGUCGACUUUAGAGUCUGACCCUCUGCCUCCUUGUUAAUCUUCACAGCCCCCUUUUUGAUUUUGUUGUUUGAUGUGAUUUAUAGUAAUAUCAGUUAUUUCAGUGGUGAAUUACAAUUAAAUAAUAACAGGGUGACAGAUUGUCAACAACCAAGAUGUUAACAUUCUAAACUAUAGUAAUGUAAUGUAAACUAAUGUGUUCUUUGAUAGCUUUUGCUUUUACAAGAAAAAAGAAAAAUAUAUACAAUAAUAAUGUUGGCUUUUGUAAAAUCAAAAGGUUAAAAUGUAUACAUGCAAUGCAUUUUGGAAUUAAAUAUGAAAAGGAAGACAAAUUAAUGUUCAAAGACAAAAAUGUAAUAAUCAAAAAUGACUGUUGACUUCAAAUUGAAUGUGUUUAUGUUGUUUAAUAAAGGAUUUAAAAGAGAGUUUUAA